AUGGCUCGCGACAUGGGAAUCUCGCGGAAGUCAAUGGAAAGGGUCGUCCACGAAGACCUUAAGAUGUACCCCUACCAAGCUCUUCACCGUCGAGCAGCAGUUCAACGCUCAGAACGUCAGAGUGAUCGCAAGGAAUGCCGAGGAAGCCGACAAGAAGGGAAGAGUCGUUCACCGGGCCGCACACCCUGCCCAAGUCAUGGUUUGGGCAGGGGUGUGUGCCUCGGGAAGACGCCGUUGAUAUUCGUCGACCCCGGCGUCAAAAUCGACAAAGAUUACUACCUGAAGACGAUUCUGGAAGAUGCUCUACUCCCGUGGGCGAAUUCCCACUUCAACGGCCGCCCGUGGACAUUCCAGCAAGAUUCGGCGCUCGCCCACAAGGCCAAGGUCGUCCAAGCGUGGUGCAAGACUUCAUCGCGGCAGAAGAAUGGCCGGCAUCAGCAAGGCCUGCGCCAGCAUAUCCCCACCCCCAAUUUGGAUUCUCUGAAGGCAGCGCUCAUCCGAGAAUGGGACGAAAUCGACGACGCACUCCUGCGUCCGGUCAUCGACGCCUUUCCCAAGCGACUCCGCGCUGUCGUCCGUGCCAAAGGUGGCCGAAUCGAGAAGCAUUUAUCGGUAGACUAUCGUGAAGACUAUCAGAAGUUCGUAUGGAUAGGCCACACAGGCGAAUGCCAGUUUUUCGUUCCUACGUUUACUUCAGCACUGUGCAUAUUCGAGGGUAGUGGCGAAUGGAAGGUGACGAAUAUUUCCCUGUAUUCACAGUUCUACGAUACCGGUAAUGAAGACACGGAUUAUGAAGUUGUAAGAUCAUUCCAUAAUAUUUCCUGCCUAUAA